UUAAUUACUAAAUCACGUAAGACACCUUCAAUUGUCCAAUUGAUAAGACCACACUGUGGAAUGUGAUAAAAGUGCCUCUGCAUCAGGAAAUAUUUCCACUAAAGUCGUGCUUCUUCUGCUGGUAAAAUGUUGCGUGCAACUGUUUUCCUGCUUGUGGUGAUUGGGGCGGUUUUGGGGAGGAAUUUGCAGCGAAUUGUGGGCGGACAGGAUGCCGAAGUUGGUCAAGGAAAGUAUCAAGUGUCACUGAGGACGCUAAUGAAUCAGCAUUUCUGCGGAGGAGCCAUUCUCAGUGCGUCCUGGGUCGUCACAGCGGGUCACUGCACGCUGGGAAAGAAGCCCGGGGAGUUUCUGGCCGCCGUAGGCUCACGAUCUGUCAACGAUGGACUUGGCUAUCGCGUGGAUUACGUCUUCAGGCAUCCCUCCUUCGAUGCCCACACGCUCACGGACGACAUUGCGCUGCUGGAGACGGAAGCGCCCAUCGUUUUCAGCGAUCUCGUCCAGCCGGCCGUGUUGGGCCAGAGGAUCAUCCCAGAGGGCCUGGAAGCUCUCCUCACGGGCUGGGGGCAGCAGGUGUACCCAGGAAGUGUUUCCAGCACUCUGCAAGCGCUCUCGAUGGUCACAAUGAGCAAUGAAGAGUGCCGCAAGAAGCACAGCGUGGAUCCUUACUCACCGCCGAUCCGUGACACGAACAUCUGUGCCAUCCGGGAGAAUGCUGGCGCCUGCAUGGGAGACUCCGGAUCGCCUCUUGUGCUGGGGAAUGAGCUGGUGGGCAUCGUGAGCUGGGGAGUGCCGUGCGCCCAGAACUUUGGCGACGUCUUCACAAGAAUUUCCGCCUACAGAGAGUGGAUUAUAGAAUCAAUCAGUGCGAAAGAGAUGUGA